UUCGCGGUCCAAAAAUGAGAAACCAUUUGGUUUGCACUUUGCAAGUACAGUAUUUCGCUGCCGGUCCUUCCCAAGUGUGGUAUCAGAAACCACUGAUUUCGCAGAAUUAAUUGUACUCGUGUGCUGACAUUUACAUCCGUUUUUUAAAUAUUACCUUGGGGAUCGUUGUAAUUUGUUAUUACGGUGUCUGCUGCGACCUGCGAAGUGCGACUCCACAUCGGCUGACAUGGCGUCCAUUCUUGCUGUUAAUCCCAAAGCGGAGAUUGCCAGAGCGUCGGAAGCGCUGGCCAUCAACAUCUCAGCAGCUAUGGGUGUACAGGACUAUGUCAAAUCGAAUCUCGGCCCAAAGGGCAGUUUGAAAAUGCUGGUAUCUGGUGCGGGAGAUAUAAAAAUCACCAAAGAUGGAAACGUUCUCAUGCACGAAUCACAUGUUAAACAUCCGACAGCCUCCCUGAUUGCUAGGGCUUCCACGGCACAAGAUGACAUUACUGGAGAUGGCACCACAUCCAUUGUUUUACUAAUCGGAGAACUCCUUAAGCAAUCGCAAGUUUAUAUUCUCAAGGGACUACAUCCUCGAUUAAUUACCGAAGGUUUCGAGUUGGCUCGAAAUAAAGCCUUGGAAUUGCUGGACAAAUUAGCCCAGAAAUCUACGGGCGAUCGUGACCAAUUGUUAGAAGUGGCUCGCACUUCACUGCGCACUAAAGUUGAAAGUGGUGUGGCCGAUUUAUUCACCAGCAUCGUUACGGAUGCGGUGCUGUUGAUCAGGCGUCAGAAUGAGCAGAUCGAUCUGCACAUGGUGGAAAUCAUGGAGAUGAUCCAUCGCACCCAGAUGGAUUCGGUUCUCGUGCGGGGAUUGGUACUCGAUCAUGGAGCCCGCCAUCCCGACAUGCCGAAACGGGUGUCCAAUGCUUACAUCCUCACUUGUAACGUCUCUCUGGAGUACGAAAAAACCGAAGUGAACUCCGGAUUUUUCUACGCCUCCCCCGAACAACGCGAGAAAAUGGUGACAGCGGAACGGCAGUUCAUCAUCAGUCGAGUGGAGAAAAUCAUCGCUUUGAAGAAGCAAAUGUGCAAACCAGGCGAGGAUAAGAAUUUUGUUAUUGUUAACCAGAAGGGCAUUGAUCCGUUGUCCUUGGAUAUGCUGGCCAAGGAAGGCAUCAUGGCUCUGCGUCGAGCGAAACGACGCAAUAUGGAGCGACUGACACUUGCAUGCGGUGGGGUGGCCGUAAAUUCUGUUGAUGAGUUGACAGCAGAUGCGUUGGGAUUUGCUGGAUCCGUUUAUGAGUACCAAUUGGGCGAAGAUAAGUUUACAUUCAUUGAGGAGUGCAAGAAUCCUCAGUCGGUGACGAUCGUAAUCCGUGGACCAAACAAGCACAGCAUUACUCAGGUCAAGGAUGCAGUGCGUGAUGGACUGAGAGCUGUACUUAAUGCUGUCGAAGAUGGCUCCGUUGUGCCUGGAGGAGGCGCAUUUGAGUUUGCGCUGCGCGAAGAGCUCGUUAAGUUCGUAAGCGAGGGUUCGGUGAAAGGGAAAGCUAAAUUCGGUGUGGAAGCAUACGCAGAAGCCUUCCUUAUUAUUCCUCAGACGCUUGCCCAGAAUGCCGGUUAUGAUGCGCAGGACGUAACAGUAAAACUGGAAGAAGAGUACAGGAAAUCCAAAAAGCCGGUUGGUGUCGACUGUGACACCGGUAACGUUAUGUUUCCUGCCGAUAUGGGGAUCUGGGAUAACUACAGGGUUAAGAAACAGCAGAUAAACACAUGCUCCCUUGUUGCUACUAAUCUUUUGCUUGUGGACGAAAUUAUGCGUGCCGGAUUGUCUUCUCUUAAAGGCGACGGGCAAGGAUAAUACGGCUGGAUGGAAUAUAUAGUUUGAGUGUUACUAAUUGACUAAUGUGCGUUUAUCUCCAUUUUUUUAAAAAUUGUUGAUACUGUAAUGUUGACUUACAUAUUUUUUUCUGAUUAUCAUGUGCGUUGGCUGUUAUCUGCUUUGUAAUAGCAUUUGCUGGCUUAGUUUAUAAUUCAGGUUAUUCAUUAAAGUUGCCUUUUUGGAAUUUAAAA